AUGGAAAUGGUUAUUCAGUUGCCAAACAACUAUCCUUUAAGUCCAAUUACUGUUAGUAAAGGGCGUAGUGUUGGUGUAGGAAGUCAACAGUGGCAGUCAUGGCUUUUACAAAUGUCUGUUUUUGUUAAUAAUCAUAAUGGAUCGAUUUUAGAUGGUAUUGAUUUGUGGCAAAGUAAUGUUCGGAAAAAUUCGAUGGUGUUGAAGAAUGUGCAAUUUGUUACUCGAUUGUGCACAACACAAAUUUCAGUUUGCCUAAAAUGCGAUGUCACACUUGUCGUAAACUAUUUCAUUAUGCUUGCAUGUACAAAUGGUUUACAACUAGUCGAAAUCCUGCUUGUCCAUUGUGUAGACACUUGUUUAUUGAUCCAACCGGUCGACCUGUAUCAACAUAAUGGGUAA